AUGAAAAACACGCAGAAAUAUAUGCCGAAGCGCAUAAUACUGGUUCGCCAUGGGGAGAGUGAAGGAAAUCAAGAUGAAGAAGUUCUUGAGUAUGUGCCUAAUUACAAAAUUAAAUUAAGCAGUAAGGGGAUUGAGCAGGCUCAAAACGUUGGUUCCAAGAUCAAGAAAUUGGUAUCAGAAAAUGAAAACUGGAAGGUUUCGUUUUAUGUAUCCCCUUCUCAGCGCACAAAGCAGACACUGGAAAGGAUCAUCGGAGAGAAAUUUCCAGAGGAUAAUGUGAUUGGAUUGAAGGAAGAAUGCAAGCUGAGAGAACAGCAUUUUGGGAAUUUCCAGGAGCUGGAGAAGAGGAAGAAGAUAAAACGUACCAGAAACAGAUACGGGAAAUUCUUCUACCGGGUGCCCGACGGGGAAUCCAGCGCCGAUGUUUAUGACAGGGUUUCCAGUUUUAUUGAAAAUUUAUGGAGGGAAAUGGAAACGAACAGGAUAAACAACGACCCUUCGGAUGAACUGAAUCUGAUAAUUGUUUCCCACGGAUUAACCAUUCUUCUGUUCCUCAUGAAAUGGUUCGACUGGACUGUCGAGCAAUUCGAGGAUCUAAAAAAUCCUCAAAAUUGUGAUUACAAAGUUCUACAAUUAGGUUGCAAUGGAGAAUACAGUCUGGCUCUGCAUCACAAAUUGGAAGAACUGCGUGCAUGGGGACUGUCUCAAGAGAUGAUUCAGGACCAAAUAUUUCGGGCUUACGGCACUGAAAAGAACCUCGAGAACACCAAAUUUAUGCCAAAAUUUGAUGGUUUUUUUGAGAAUCAAGAAAAUUCAGAUGAAUAUCUUGAAGAAAAUGGCACAAAAUAUUUUCCAAAAUCUGUUGCUCUUUUCGACGAUCAAGAAAAAUCAUCAGAUGAAUUUCUUGAAGAAAAUGGCAGCAAAACUAAACGUAAACUUCUAUAUAGUAACCAGAAGGCCUUCUUUUGA